UUUCAGAACUGUUUGACUUCUUAAGAUGGAUGAGGAAUAUGAUUGUAUUGUUCUGGGAACAGGAUUAACUGAAUGCAUCCUAUCUGUUGCCUAUUCUAAGGAAUUUCAGAAAUUUCAAGAAAAAUGUAUAGCCUUUUAUAUCAUCUUGAGAUUCUCAAAGUUUUUGAUUUUUUUAUUUGAUAUUUUAUUUUGUUUUAAUUUCAGGGAUUGGAAUGUGGAUCUGAUUCCUAAGUUCUUGAUGGCCCAGGGAUCCUUGGUCAAGCUGCUCAUCCACACAGGUGUGACAAGAUACCUCGAGUUCAAGUCAAUCGAGGGAAGCUACGUCAUGGGCAAGUCGGGGAAAAUCUCGAAGGUUCCAGCUGAUGAGAAGGAAGCUCUCACCUCUGAUCUGAUGGGACUCUUUGAGAAGAGAAGAUUCAAGAACUUCCUCGUUUAUGUCCAGGAGUUCGAUGCUCAGAACCCUGCUACCUGGAAGGAUAUGGAUCCACAUAAGAAUACCACGGACGAGCUUUACAAAAAAUACGGUCUGGACGAGAACACCUGUGAUUUCGUUGGUCAUGCCCUGGCCCUCUACAGGGACGAUGAGUACAGGAAUAAGCCAUGCCUCGAGGCUAUCGAGAGAAUUAAGCUCUACAGCAACUCCCUGGCUAAGUACGGUAAGUCUCCAUACCUGUACCCUCUGUAUGGUCUUGGAGAACUCCCCCAAGGGUUUGCUCGUCUCUCCGCAAUCUAUGGAGGAACCUAUAUGAAUUUAUUUGUGGUAGGAGUAAGAUCUGGAACUGAGACUGCUAAGUGUAAACAGGUCUACUGUGAUCCUACAUAUGUCACGGAUCGUGUGAAGAAGAACGGACAAGUAGUUCGAUGUAUCUGUCUUCUUGACCACCCAAUACCAAAUACAAAGGACGCCCUGUCCACCCAGAUAAUUAUCCCGCAGAAGCAGGUUGGAAGGAACUCUGAUAUCUACGUGACCAUGGUCUCUUCUACUACCCAGGUUGCUAGUAAAGGUUGGUUUAUAGCGAUGGUCUCUACCAACGUGGAGACUGAGAACCCUGAGGCUGAGAUACAGCCUGGGAUCAACCUUCUCGGUCCCAUCAAGCAGAAGUUCCUCCUGGUGUCCGACGUGUUUGAGCCAAUGAAUGAUGGAACGGAGAACCAGAUUUUCAUCUCCAAAUCCUACGAUGCAACCUCUCACUUCGAGACGACUUGUCUCAACGUACUGGACAUCUUCAAGAGAGGAACUGGUGAGGAGUUUGAUUUCAGCAAAGUGAAGCACACUCUCGAAGACGACGUUUAAACGCUGAAGCGCGCCUGAAACGCAUUCUAUGAUCGCGCAAGCCAUCGCGCUUUAUCAUAAACAAUGUAAUUGCGCAAAAAUUUAAUUUAUUAAUAAAAAGGGGUUCCGCACCAGUCACCGCAUUUUGGGAAGUCAUCAUAUUCCUUGUAAUGAAUUAAAUUUUCAUCCGUUUUUUAUAUUUAUUUUAACCGGUUUAGUGACAUUCCAGGUUUAUUAUUUAAUAUUUACCCCCAAUUGAUAAAACUUGUCUCACUGUGAUUUGAUUCUGUAAUUAUUAUUGUAAAGCAUGGAAUAACCGUAAUCCCGAAUCUGCGAAAAAUCAAUCUCGAAAAUCCGCAAUUUUUCAAUCGGUCUCUUACCCCCUCCCUCCCAGUUUGCACGUUAUGUUAAAUGUCAGCUGACAGAUCAGCUGUUGGCACUGCUAGUAUAGCUGCUGUUUGUCCUGCGACUUAGAACCAUUAUUUUAUGCUUUUAGUCCUCCCUCCAACAUUCUGCUGUUGUAUUUAUUAAGUUGAAUAAAUAUUGAAACC